AUGAUAGUACUCUUAGAAAGAAGACAGAUCAAUGCAUUUAAAACAGCUUUAUGCAAAUCAUUCAAGCAAACAGGCUUUUGUGUAUUUGGAAAUUCUUGCCGUUUUGCACAUGGUGAGGAAGAACUUCGUCUGCCACCUCAGGCGCAUCCGAAAUAUAAAACUCAACUAUGCAAUAAAUUCGUUCUUCGUGGAUAUUGUCCUUAUGGCGCUCGAUGUCAAUUCAUUCACUACGUUCCAGAUCAUGUACCACUAAAUAAUGCGAAAUCAUCAGUAUGUUAA